GUGUGAUCCAGCACCGACGUCCGGCAAGUCCUCAAGAAAAAUGGGUAUCGAUCUUACGGCGCACCACGUCAAGAAGGGCCAGCGCACCGCGCCGAAGAGCGAGGACCCCUACCUCCUCCUCCUGGUGAAGCUCUACCGCUUUUUGGCCCGCAGGACGGAUGCCCCCUUCAACAAGGUCAUCCUCCACCGCCUCUUCCUCUCCAAAAUAAACCGCCCGCCCGUCUCUCUCUCCAAGAUCUUUGUCGAGACCCAGAAGGCCGAGCUGGAGGGCAAGAUCGUCGUUAUCGUCGGCACGGUGACGGACGACAACCGCAUGCUGGAGGUGCCCAAGGCGACCAUCGCCGCGCUGCGCUUCACGCGCUCGGCGAAGGAGCGCAUCCUCAAGGCGGGCGGUGAGACUAUCACCCUCGACCAGCUCGCGCUCCGCGCCCCGACCGGCGCAAACACCAUUCUCCUCCGCGGCAAGAAGACGGCGCGUGAGGCCAACAAGCACUUCGGCAUGGGCCCGCACAAGAACAAGAAGCCCUACACCAUAUCGAAGGGCCGCAAAUUCGAGCGUGCUCGUGGUCGCAGAAAGUCCCGUGGCUUCAAGGUGUAAGCUCGCCUACGAAGCCAACCAUUGCAUACCGGGGUCCAGUGCGCCCUUGGGGACGGGUGUACUCAUAUGCUACCAUGCCAUAUGUCAAGGUUACCAUACCUUUAUUGUAUCGUCUAUGCUCUCGACAUCUGCUUUCGCCCGAGCUGAGAAUCGCCGUGAUCCCUCAUUGUGUUCGGGGCGUGCAGGGUGCCAGGCUGCUCAAGUGACUUAGAUGUGCCGGGAGCGAUAGCGGUGUUAGCAUGAUGUCCAUAUCUGGCCAGUUCAGCCAGCCACCCUGGGAUGACUUGGGAAAUAUGGGUGGCAGGCUUCUACGGCUGCAGGUGGACGUGGGGCAG